CUUAUAUUAUUUUUACUAUUUUACUACUAUCCCUUAUGACAACUGCUGCUUUAUUUCAUCCUCACAAAGAUGAAGGAAUAUUAAAUUUAUUACAGGAUCCAUCAUCCCCAAAAGAAAAAGACGACAACAGCAGGAUUUUAAUUCAAACAAGAACGAGCGAAGAGGAGGAAGAGGAAGAAGACGAAAUCAAAAGCAGCAAUACGCAUCAAGAUACCAUUGUCUCUGCUGAAGAAAUACAUACUUACUCAAAAAACUAUGAGCCCAAAAAGAUAUCCAGACUAGGACCAUUUUUACUUCUAAAGACAUUGGGUGUUGGUGAAUUUGGCAAAGUCAAGUUAGGAAAGCAUAUCGAAACCGGACAAAUGGUAGCUGUCAAAUUGGUCAAAAAAGAGAAUAUUGAUUCUUCUUCGCAACUCGACAAAAUCAGAAUGGAAAUUGAUAUUUUAAAGACUUUAAAUCACCCAUAUAUUGUUAAGCUAUUGAGUGUCAAUGAAACUAAUACUAGUAUUGGUAUGGUGUUAGAAUAUGCGGAAGGUGGUGAACUAUUUGAAUACAUUUAUCGGCAACGUUACCUGAAAGAAAAUGAAGCACGACGUAUCUUUUCUCAAUUGAUAAGCAGUGUUUAUUAUAUGCAUCAAAAGAAUAUCGUACACCGUGAUUUAAAACUAGAAAACAUACUCUUGGAUCGUCAACACAAUAUCAUUGUCACUGAUUUUGGCUUUGCAAACCAAUUCACACCUAAAACAGGCGAUUGGAUGUCUACCUCGUGUGGAUCUCCUGUAUAUGCAGCUCCUGAACUUGUCAUGACAGGAAGACUCUAUGCUGGCACAGGUGUUGAUAUUUGGUCUUGCGGUAUCAUCCUUUAUGCUAUGCUUUGUGGCUAUUUGCCUUUCGACGAUGAUGUGAAGAAUCCUAAUAGCAAUAAUAUUGGGCGUCUUUAUCGUUAUAUCAUGUCGCACAAACCUAAAUAUCCUCCACACUUGUCUGACGAUGCUAAAGAUAUCAUUGGGAAGAUGCUCGUUCCUAUUCCCAACGAAAGAUGUGAUAUAAAAACAAUCAUGAAUCAUGUAUGGUUGCAGAAAUACCAAAGCGAUAUUGCAGAGUCAGUGGAAACAUUUGAACAAGAAGCAACUAUAAGAAAACUCUCACUGCUCAAGGGAAUUGAAUCAACCACUCAUUUGAGUAUUUCAGAAAAUCAAACACAAUCAGAUUGCGAUAAUGAGUCCUGUUCUAGCGUAUCGUCAUCUUAUUCUUAUCCUCUUUCCUUCACACAAAAUGAAGACCAUGUAAUUGAAGAGCAAGAACACCAUGAACCUACUAUGAUUGUUGGAAACGACAAUGAUGACGAUCAGGAGGUAAUGCCAUCCGACAAUGUUAAAGCUGCACAAGGUCCAGAACAAGAGCUUAUUUUAUCAGACAAUGAAGGCAAAGAUCAAUUAACAAAUAUUCCAGUUCAAGACACUAAAGCAAACAAAACAAUACCACCUUUAAGUGCAACAAAAACAACGAGCGAAAGUAACGCCAUUGAUGCUGUUGUAACAAACGUUAUUAUACCUCCAGAACAAGAUGAAGAGAAGCAACAGCUACAGCAACCCAAUCUAUCUUUGCGAGCUAAAUUGUUCUCAAGUAUGAAGCGACGUUCAGUUGGUACAAAUAAUGCUCCUAUAAAAACAACAUCAACGCCUCCUCUUAAGGACAAACCAGUAAAUAAAACGAGACACUCUUGGCAAAUGAUGGUGCACCGUAGCACUACUAAAGAAGCCUUGCCUCCAAUAACCCCACCUGCAUCACCUAUAUUGGUGGAGCAUUCAAAAAGUGAGAGAUUAAUCUCUUGGUUAAAAAAAUCAAAGCCACAAACAAAAAAUUCCCGUACUACAAAUAGCAGCAACAACAGCAGUAAGAGUAGUCACUCCUCUUCUGCAAAGAUAGCCAUGAUACCUGAAGAAGAAUCCACUAUACCUAUAGCUAGACCAAUGCGCUCAACAUCCGCUCAAGUUAAACGUACGCCUACGAGCUUAUCAUUGCAACGCAAAGGCCGCUUGCAUAAGGAAAAGCAACAAAAUAUUGACAAUCUCUCUAUUGAAUCCGAGCUACGUGUUCAUAAAGGAGCCAUGAAUCGUUCUGUGCUUACAUCAAAACCUCCUAUGGACGUUUUGCUAGAAAUUACUAAGGUUUUGCUGAUCCUUGGCAUUGAAGUUGAAAAUGUUGGUGGAUACAAGCUGCAUUGUACUCGACGUGCUGAGCCACAACAAAGUGAGAUGAAAGACACCAUGGACCAUUUAUCAACCAACUGUAAUGACACUGCUUCCGUGAUGGUUCAGCCCGUUUAUGGUCAUCCAAGCAUUGACACAGGAGAUGAAAUUCGGUUUUCUGUAGAAAUCUGCCGCUUUGAGAAUUUGUCGGGGCUGUUUAGUGUUGAUAUUCAGCGUCUUUCAAAAGGCAACUUUUCAGGAUACCAAUUCAUUGGUCAAAAGUUACUGAGUUUGUUGCAUUUUGGUGAAGUCAUUCGAAAUACAAACUUUAACAUUUCAUUGAAAAAGGAGAGCAAUUAAUAAUAUAAUAAAAAAAA